CAAAACCCAUAAAUUAUUUCAAACAAAAACACACAAAGAUGCCUUCUUCUCCAUCGAUUCUGGUCUCAAAAUCCAUGAUUUUCCCAGACCAAAAAUCAAGCCUUGGAGACCUCAAGCUUUCUGUUUCUGAUCUCCCCAUGUUGUCUUGCCAUUACAUCCAGAAAGGUUGUCUCUUCACUCGCCCUUCGAUUCCCACCAACUCACUCGUUUCUCUCCUCAAACUAUCCCUCUCCAAGACGCUGUCGUUUUUCCCUCCUCUCGCUGGCCGCCUUCUCACCGACGAAAAGGGUUACAUUUACUUAACUUGUAACGACGCCGGAGUCGAGUUCCACCAUGCCCGAUGCGUCUCCCGGUUCAUCCGCGACGUCAUUGGGCCGGUUCAUGUUCCGGAGCUGGUGAAGGAGUUUUUUACUUUUGAUAAGACGGUUAGUUAUCAGGGACAUUACAGGCCGAUCAUGGCGGUCCAGGUCACCGAGCUGGCCGAUGGAGUCUUCAUCGGAUGCUCGGUUAACCAUGCGGUGACUGACGGCACGUCGUUCUGGAAUUUCUUCAACACUUUCGCGGAAAUUUGCAGAAAAAUGAGUAACAGCAAUAAUGAGACGAUCGAUAAAAUCUCAAGGCGACCGGAUUUUUCACGUGAAUCGGUUUUGAUUUCGCCGGCGAUUUUAAAAGUCCCCGACGGCGGCCCCAAAGUUACGUUCAACGAAAACGAGCCGUUAAGGGAGAGGAUCUUCAGUUUCAGCAGAGAAGCCAUUUUGGAACUCAAAGCCAAAGUUAACAACAACAGCGACGUUAAUGGAGACUUUAACGCCGUUGAAAUCAUGGGGAAGCUAAGUAACGACAAGUACCAUACUGAAAUGGCUCCGGUUUCAAAAACGGCGGAGAUUUCAUCGUUUCAGUCGCUUUCGGCUCUUCUCUGGCGGGCGGCAACACGUGCGAGGAAGCUCCCUGCUUCCAAAACGACGAAGUUUAGAAUGGCGGUGAAUUGUCGUCACAGGCUGAACCCGAAGAUGGAUCCUUUAUACUUCGGGAAUGCAAUUCAAAGCAUCCCGACGUACGCCUCCGCCGGUGACGUCACGUCGCGAAGCAUACGUUGGUGCGCCGAGCAGUUGAACGAAAGCGUGAAAGCUCACGACGACGAAACCGUGCGUCGUUUUAUCCGUAACUGGGAGAAGGAUCCACGGUGUUUUCCGUUGGGAAACUUCGACGGCGCGUCGAUGACGAUGGGGAGUUCCCCGAGAUUCCCGAUGUACGACAACGAUUUCGGUUGGGGACGGCCUUUGGCGGUUAGGAGCGGCGGAGCAAACAAAUUCGACGGCAAGAUCUCUGCUUUUCCGGGGCGGGAAGGGAACGGUAGCGUCGAUUUGGAGGUGGUUUUGGCGCCAGAAACAAUGGCCGGGAUUGAGUCGGAUCACGAGUUCAUUCAAUAUGUUACCGUUUAAAACGGACGGCGUAGAUGUAUUUUCAUUUUAUCACGUGUUCUGUUCUUGGCCGUUGGAUGAGUUAUUAGUAAAUUAAAUAAUAAUCUUGGAUUUAAGUA